GGAAGUUUGGCCCGCUUUUUGCAGUCGCAGGCAAAGCCAUGGCAUAGAGGAAUUCAAUUUUGUUUCACUGGGUAUCCAGUAGAUUUUGAUUUUGUCAAGACAACAACAUGUCGACGUCCCGCCUCUCGCUUCGGAAAGAAACGAUCUCCGUCACUGCGGCGACCACACUAGCACUGCUGGUCACAUAUCGUGCACUACGACGAUGUGUGAGUUUAGUGGGCCACGAGAAGGAUUUCCAACCUCACAAGCGGAACGUGGAUUGGGAGGUGCUGAAUGUAAACCUUGGCUCUAAAAACGCGUUAUUCUGGAUGUGGGUCGAUUACGUAUUGGCGGGUGUGGGAUUGGUUGUUAUGGUAGAUGAGAAGAUGCUUGCUCUUACUUGAUCCACAUGUCGUCCUUCUGCUUUAAACUCACUUUGUAAAUAUGUCGUCUUUCUGCUUUAAACUCACACUUUGUGAAUAACAUACUCUUCUUCACAUCUUCCCACAUCGCAUAAUUCAUCUUACUCUUCUAACUCCUCCAUCGACGCCUCCUCCGAAGUCGAUUUCACGAUCUGGAGGCACCGGGAAGACCUCCUAUCUGACAAGUUGCUUGUCGCUCAGCGUUGGUGCCCACACGCAGGGGCAGACAUGUCAGAGGGAGACAUAGAAGAAUUGGUAGUGAGAACGCAGAGACGAAGGUGUAGUAGGGACAGCACGUCUACUACGAGCAGAAAGUCACAAGAAGACCAUAAGAACGACUACGACGCUGAUGUAUUGCCAUGUGUGGUGUUGCCGGUAGGAGGAUACGCUGUUGCAGGAGAAGAGGAAGUUCAAAAAUCGAAUGCAGAACAAAAGAAGGUAAUAAAGCUCGAAAUUUUACCACCUGUGGGGACAGAACAGGGGAAAGCGACUGCCGAAACUCCGUCUUCUGAUGUCAACGACGUUCCAUCACCAUCGACCAAUACUGCUGUUGAAGCUUCUCCACCUGAGUCAAAUAACUCGUCUCCGAAUCCUCGUCCAACCGCUGUGCCAGGAGUUUUAGUGUCAGAGGAAAAAACCGGCAUCGUGGCACGUGCAGGCCAACUCUGGCACAAGGGAGUAGCUCUUUUAUCGGAUGAAGCUUUGAUCGUGGAAGACUCAAGUUUACGAGAACAGGAAGUAGAUCCCCAGUCGCCAAGAACAAACAAAAAAAACACGAAGGACAUAGAGUUGAGUACUACAGCCACCUCUGCUCGUUUUCCCACAACAGCCACUACAACAACUACGACAAGAACCCGUGUGGGCGUGUCCACCUUUGUGGUUUGUCCUCUCCAUGCGUAUAUUUUUGAGACAUCUUCUGGCUCGUGCAUCUGGGACCCUACCUUUCGACAACCGCCCGUUUGCCGGAGUCUAGAGACUGCGAGGGCAUUUGUGCGUUGGAGGCGGGUGUUUUUGUUUCAUAUGGCAGGGAAAUUUUUUUUGAGUAAGCAAGUCGAAGUCAAAGUCAACAGUAUCAUCGUCAUGCAAAGAUAUGAACUCAGAUACAAUUGUGUUCCGCAUGAUAUCCAUCUAAGAUACACUUGUAGCACCUUUUUCCGAACAGAAUAAAAAUCGAGGCCCUUGGUCUAACACUGAUGAAAUCCUCUCUAAACCCUGUCCGGAUAUCGUGCACAGUAUUCAGCGGUCCAUCAAAGGGAUUCCAUUCAAUUUCGGGAGUUCCCUGAGAAGUAAGCUGUUAUCGAUGCCGAAGAUGGUGUCGAACACUUUUGGGAAUAUUUGGAGGAGAGCGUCUAGUUGCAUAAUUUCUUUGCCAGAUGGUCAGGGCUCACUUGCUGGGAGAAAGAAAAAGGACAACAUUAAAAAAUCCGCCUCGCAGCGGGGACAAGGGAAAGGCAGUAGAAGUAUUGAUGUACAAAAUGGAACCGCAAUUGAGGCACAACAACAUGGCAUAAUGACGAAGAGAAAAGUUUUAGUAACAAAACAAGAAGACGCCGACAAGAUCCAGAUGGAGCUCAUUACUAGAGGGAUAAAUCGCAUGUUUUGAGUGUCUAGUUCACUUACACUUAU